AUGAGUUUUUUAAAAAGGGAUAAAUCUAAAACUAAUUUAAAUUCUGCUGGUCAGAGAUAUUAUGAAGAACCUCCUUCUCCAACUACUAAUUUUACAUCAAAUGAUCCAUUUUAUGAUCCAUCUAAAAUAUCAAGAAGUAUGACUACUACACCUGAUAUAAAUAAUGAAUAUUCACCAAGAUCUUCAAUAAUUUCAAUACCACAAAUUAUUCAUUCAAGUAAUAAUAAUAACAAUUCUCAAAAUAUUUCAAAUAUAAAUAGUAAUACAAAUUCAACUACAAAUACUAAUUCAAAUUUACAUAUAAAUAUAAAAGAUAAUUAUAAAGGAUUUCAUAGACCAAAAAGUAUUGGUAAUAUUCCUCCUUUAUUACAUCCAAUAAAACCAAAAUUUAAAAAAAAAAGUAGUUCAUUAUUUAAUAAAUUAAUAAGUUCAAAACAAAAAGAUGGUGGAAAUUUAGAAGAAGAACAACAAUUAGAUGAAUAUACAACUAAUACAAAUAGAGGUAGUAUUGGUAGUAGUAGUAUAAGUGGUACUAGUAAUAAUAAUACUAGAUUUAUUUCUUCUUCUUCAGAAGGUUUAACUUCUCCAGCUCAAUCAGUAUCAUCAUCAAGAGCAAAUUCAAUAACUUCUGCUGAAGAACAACCACACCCUCAACAAAAUCAAUCUUCAACUACAACUAAUGAACAACGAAAGAGUAAUUCAUCAUCAUCUUCAUCAAGUCAUUCUAAACAUAAAUUCAGAUUACCUUCAUUAUCAGAUUAUCAUCCUCAACAUGGUUCACAAAUACUGGCUCAACUGUUACAAAUGACUCAAGCAGAUUCAAAUCAAUCAAAACCACCACCACAAUCACAAAAUUUUGCUUCAUCAUUACCAACUAAUUCUCCAGAAAAUGUAAUGUCAAUAGAUUUAAAUUUAGAUGAAAUGCAAGAUAUAAUUAAAUCAAAAGAUUCUUUACCAGUUCCAAAACAAAAUUGGAAAGCACCAGAUAGUUGGGAUGUUAAACAACAAAAAAUUGAAGAAGAAAUAAAUGAGGAACCACAAGAGGAAGAAUCUAAUAAAUUAAUUCCAAUUGAAAAUACUACUUUACCACCUUCGGAAAAUACUUUACCAUCACUUUAUGGAACAAGACAAACUCAUGUUGUUAAUAAUGUUGUUGAUCCAAGACCGAGUCAUAUUGUUAAAAUAUUUAAAGAAGAUAAUACUUUUACAACUAUAUUAUGUCCAUUAGAAACUACAACUACUGAAUUAUUAAAUACAGUUCAAAAAAAAUUUUUUUUAGAAUCUGCUUCAAAUUAUCAAUUAUCAGUUCAUGUUGGUAAUUGUGUAAAAGUAUUAGAAAGUUUUGAAAAACCAAUAAAAAUUCAAAUGGGAUUAUUAUUAUUAAGUGGUUAUACUGAUGAAGAUAAUUUAAGAAUUAUAGGAAGAGGAGAUUUAUCAUUUGUUUGUAAAUUUGUUGUUGAAAAUAUUUAUUUAAGAAGUUUAACUCAUGAUGAAGAAACAAUUUUAUCAAAAAAUUAUGUUGAUGUUAAUAUAUCAGCAUUAAAUUUAAAAAAUAUUCCAAUAAUUUUUCAUCAACAUACUUAUGAAAUCGAAAAAUUAAAUGUUUCUGAAAAUCCUUCAAUUUAUAUUCCAUUAGAUUUUAUACAAUCAUGUACUAAUUUAACAAGUAUAAAUUUUGCAAGAAAUGGAAGUUCAAAAUUUCCAAUAAAUUUUUUAGAAGCUAAAAAUUUAACUCAUUUAAAUUUAGAACUGAAUUUUAUUGAUGAUUUACCAAUAAAAAUAAAUAUGUUAACAAAUUUAACUCAUUUAAAAUUAAAUUCAAAUCAAUUAUCUCAAUUACCAAAAUCAUUUGGUGAGUUGAAAAACUUAGUUUCAUUAAAUUUAUCAUCAAAUUAUUUUAAUAUGUAUCCUGAACCAAUAAAUGAUUUAGAAAAAUUAAUUGAAUUAGAUUUAUCAUAUAAUGAUUUAUCAUAUAUUCCAGAAACUAUAACAAAUUUAAAAAAUUUACAAAAAUUAAAUUUAUGUACCAAUAAAUUAAGUAAAAAUUUACCAAAUUUUUUAUCAAAUUUUAAAGCUUUAAAAAGAUUAGAUAUAAGAUAUAAUCAAAUAACAAAUGUAGAUAUAUUAGGAGAAUUACCAAAUUUAGAAGUUUUAUAUGCUUCAAGAAAUUCAAUAUCAGCAUUUUGUGAUAAAAUGCAAAAUUUAAGAUUAUUACAUUUUGAUAAAAAUCCAAUUACUGAAUUACAAUUUGUUUUUGAUUUACAAAUGCUUAAUAUAUUAGAUUUAUCAAAAGCUAAAAUUACAUCAAUGCCUUCUGAAUUUAUAUCAAAAAUUCCAAAUAUUGAAAAGUUGGUGCUUGAUAAAAAUCAUUUAGUAAAUUUACCAAAUGAAAUUGGACAAUUAAAUAAAUUAUCAUAUCUUUCAAUUUAUUCAAAUAAUUUACAAAUUUUACCAAAUUCAUUUGGAAAUUUAUUAAAUUUACAAUAUUUAGAUUUACAUUCAAAUAAUAUUCAAUCAUUACCUGGUGAAAUUUGGAAUUUAAAAUCGUUAAUGUUAUUAAAUGUUGCAAGUAAUAAUUUAACAUCAUUUCCAAAACCUCCUUUCGCUAUAGCUAAAAGAAUUUCUUCAUCAACUGAUCUUAGGGAGAUGCCAUCAUCUGGUUCAAUGGCUGAUAGUCUUUCAUCAUUAAUAAUAUCAGAUAAUAGAUUAAAUGAUGAAUGUUUUGAAGCUAUAUCAUUUUUAAUUGCAUUAAAAACUUUAAAUGUUUCAUAUAAUGAUUUAAUUGAAAUUCCUGAAGGUUCAUUAGCAAGAAUGAAUAGAUUAACUGAUUUAUAUUUAUCAGGUAAUGAUUUAAGUACUAUACCUGCUGAUGAUUUAGAACAUAUAAAAACAUUAAGAUUAAUUUAUUUAAAUAAUAAUAAAUUAGUUUCAUUACCUGCUGAAUUAAGUAAAUUAAUAAAUUUACAACAUUUUGAUGUUGGAUCAAAUCAAUUAAAAUAUAAUAUAUCAAAUUGGCCUUAUGAUUGGAGUUGGCAUUGGAAUAAAAAUUUAAAAUAUCUUAAUUUUUCAGGAAAUAAAAGAUUUGAAAUUAAACAAAGUCAUGUUAAAAAUCCAGAAACUGGUGAAGAUUUUGAUAGUUUAUUAGUUUUAGAUCAAUUAAAAGUAUUGGGGUUAAUUGAUGUUACUUUAACUACUACUUCAGUACCUGAUCAAUCAGUUGAUAAAAGAAUUAGAACUACUGCUUCUGAAUUAGAAAAUAUUGGUUAUGGAGUAAGUGAUACAAUGGGUCAAAGAACUUGUGUAUCAAAUAGAGAUUUAUUUAUACAAAAAUUUAGAGGUAAUGAAAAUGAACUAUUAAUUUGUGCAUUUGAUGGUAAACAUGGAGCUCCAAAUCAAGGUCAUAGAAUUUCAAGUAUUGUUAAAAAUCUGAUUACUAAAAAUUUAACUGAAGAAUUACAUAAAAUUGAUGAUAAUCCUGAUAAAGUUCAUAUAGCUUUAAGAAGAGCAUUUUUAUCAUUUAAUAAAGAAGUUAAUGGAGUAUUAUUAGCUAAAAAGAGUCAUACUUUUACACCAUUACCUCAAUAUUCAAAAGAUAUGAUUGAUUUAAAUUUAAUUGAUGAUGCAAGAACUGGUUGUGCAGUAACUGUUAUUUAUAUAAGAGAUAAAAAAUUAUAUUCUGCAAAUAUUGGAGAUAUUGAAUCAUUAUUAUGUCAAAAUAAUGGAAAUUUUAGAGUUUUAACAAAUGUUCAUAGACCAACUAAUCGUCAAGAAUUUGAACGUAUAAGAGCUUCUGGAGGUUAUGUUUCAGGAAGUGGAGAUUUGGAUGGUGAUUUAGCUAUUUCGAGAGGUGCUGGUUUUUUUUCGUAUUUACCUCAUACUCAUUCAGGUCCAGAUGUUAGUGAAUUAACUUUAACUCCAGCAGAUGAUUUAAUAGUUAUUGCAACAAAAGUAUUAUGGGAUUAUAUAACUCAUGAAUUAGCUGUUGAUAUAUUAAGACAAGAAAAAAAUGAUCCAAUGAUUGCUGCACAAAAAUUAAGAGAUUUUGCUAUAUGUUAUGGAGCAACUGAUAAAAUUACAGUAAUUGUUGUUACAUUUGGUGGUAAAAAAGUUAAACUGAAUGCAUUAUAUAAUAAUUUAGGUAGAGAAGCUGAUUAUUUUAAAAGAAGAAGAGCUGAUAGAGUUGGUGAUUCAUCAUUAAGAAGAUUAGAAAGUGAAAUAGAACCUCCAAUUGGUGAAUUAGCUUUAGUAUUUACUGAUAUUAAAAAUUCUACAUUAUUAUGGGAUUCAUAUCCAGCACCAAUGAGAUCAGCUAUAAAAACUCAUAAUUCAAUAAUGAGACGUCAAUUAAGAAUUAUAGGUGGUUAUGAAGUUAAAACUGAAGGUGAUGCUUUUAUGGUUGCUUUUCCUUCACCUACAUCUGCUUUAUUAUGGUGUUUUAAUGUUCAACAAAAUUUAUUAACUGCAGAUUGGCCAACUGAAAUUUUGGAAACUGAUCAAUGUUGUGAAGUUACUGAUGGGAAAGGGAAUGUGAUAUAUAGAGGUUUAUCAGUAAGAAUGGGAAUACAUUGGGGAUCUCCAGUAUGUGAACCAGAUGUUGUUACAGGUAGAAUGGAUUAUUUUGGACCAAUGGUUAAUAGAGCUUCUAGAAUUAGUGCUAUUGCUGAUGGUGGUCAAAUAGCUGUUAGUUCAGAUUUUCUUGAUGAAAUGAGAGCAUUAACUGCAAUACAUGAUGAUAUAAAAAAUAAUGUUAAAACUGUUGCUGAUGCUUAUCAAGGUAAUGAAAAUGCAGGUAAAAUAAUUGAAAGAGAAUUAACAUCACUUGAUGAUCAUGGAUCAAAUUUUUAUAAAAUGGGAGAAAGAAAAUUAAAAGGUUUAGAAAUUCCUGAAAUGAUAACAUUAGUUUAUUCAAGUAGAUUAAAAUUAAGAUUUGAUAUAUUUCAAAAAAGAUUAGAUAUUGAUGAAAGUCAUAGUACUAGAGUUAUUGGAACUAUACCAAUUGAAUGUAUUACUGCUAUAAAUAAUAUAUCAUUAAGAUUAGAAAAUUUAUUAUCUUUUAUAAAUGGUGGUACAUAUACAAAAGAAGGUUUAAAACAAAAUCAAAAAUUAUUAGAUGUAAAUGUUCAAGAUUUAUUAAAUUCAGUAACUAGAAUAGAAAAUUCGGUUGCUUCUUUAUAUUUAAGACAAAUUGUUAAUGAUAAAAGAUAUGGAUUUAAUAAUCAACCAUUAUCACAAGUAUUGAAUGAAUUAACAAAAAUGAUCAAACAUUAA